UAACCACUGUGCCACAAGGGCUCCACCACCAUAACAGUAAUCAAUAAAGGAACGAUCACACUAGAUCAGGGCUCAAUUAUAAAAAUGUAUCCAUGGUGGGUACUUCCAAACAAGCCAUUCUUUCUGCCAGGUCCCCAAACAAAGUAUCAGACCUUAGAGGCACCUACUAUACAGCCACAGUAGUCAAGACAGCCUUCUACUGGUAUAACAGCAGACACAUAUGAAGCAGGCAGAGGGUUACUGACCAUCCCAUAAUAGUUGUUUUUCAGAAAAGUCUACUCUUGUUACAUUUUUGUUGCAACUUUUACAAUACCUCACCACGAUUGGUUGAUUCACCAGGUUUCCUCUCUUCUCCUGGCAGGAGGCUGAGGCACAGAAGCACCAACUCCAAAUUUAUGGGCUAUACAACCUUCCUGGGUGGCAGUAGCAAGCGGUCACCAUUUUUUAGGGCUGUGCGCAAAAACUCAUUUACAAAAAUUAUGCGGACUGUGUGUGCAUUGCAGGACUGAAGAUCCUCCCCUCACUGUCAUGAAUAUGUAUGUCACUCACUAUAUAAGAGCAAAUCUGGCUUAGUUCAGGGAGCUGGCAGGCUUAGGUUGUGAGACCCUGCCUGCCUCUCAGUUUGCAAACUGUGAAUAAACCUUUCUGUUCUUCCAACCCCAAGUCUGGCUGACUUCAAUCUUCUAGUCUGCUGGCGAAGAACCAGCAAGUCGUCAGCUUCACAUAGAGCAAUGAACAGAAUUGAGAACCCAGAUGUAAAUCCAUCCACCUAUAGACAGCUGAUCUUUGACAAAGGACCGAAGGUUAUUGAAUGCGGAAGAGAUAGUCCCUUCAACAAAUGGUGCUGGCAAAAUUGGAUAUCUAUCUGUAGAAAAAUGAAGAAGGAUCCUUACCUCACAGCAUACACAAAAACUAACUCAAAAUGGAUCAAAGAUCUAAAUAUAAAACUAUAAAGAUCAUGGAAGAAAAAUACAUGGCACAAACAGAUUACCAAACAUUAUUAAAAGUACACACACAGAAGAAAAUGAACUAGAUAAAUGGUACCACCUAGAAAUUAAACAUUUAUAUCAUCAAAAGACUUCUCCAAAAGAGUAAAAAGACAACCUACAGAUUGGAAAAAAACCUUUGGCUACGACAAAUCCAACAAGGGUCUAAUCUCUAAAAUUUAGAGAAAUCUUCAACACCUCAGCAAAAAAAGACAAAUAAUCCAGUUAAAAAAUGGGCAAAGGAUAUGAAUAGACACUUCACCAAAGAAGACAUUUAGGUUGCUAACAAACAUAUGAAGAAAUGCUCUUGAUAAUUAGCAAUUAGAGAAAUGCAAAUCAUAACUACAAUGUGGUACCAUCUCACCCCAACAUUACUGGCACUAAUCAAACAAUAAAUAUUGGCAAGGAUGUGGAGAGACUGGAACACUUAUAUACUGCUGGUGGGACUUUAAAAUGGUACAACCGCUAUGGAAAACGGUAUGGAGCUUCCUCAAAAAGCUAGAAAUAGAGACACUAUAUGAUCCAGCAAUCCCACUCCUAGGUAUCUACUCUAGAGAAAUAAGUGCCAUGACAUGAAUAGACACACCCAUGUUCAUGUUCACUGCAGCAUUAUUCCCAAUAGCAAAAGGUGGAAACAAUCUUAAAUGCCAUAACGGAUGAAUGGAUUAACAAACUGUGGUACAUACACAAUGCAAUACUACGCAACCAUAAAGAAUAACGAUAGAUCCACAAAACAUCUCACAACAUGGAUGAAUCUGGAGGUCGUUAGGCUGAGCAAAAUUAAAAAAAAAGGAAAAAUAACCUGUUGUCAUCGAGCGGAUUUCGACUCACAGCAACCCUAUAGGACAGAGCAGAACGGCUCCAUAGGGUUUCCAAGAAGCAGCUGGUGGAUUUGAAAUGCCGACCGUUUGGUCAGCAGCCAAGCUCUUAAGCUCUUAACCACUGCAUCACCAGAGUUCCUAAGUGAAAUAAGUCAAUCGCAAAAAGAAAAAUAUUGUGUGAGACUGCUUUUAUAAAGUAACAAAAGCUUUACACACAGGAAGAAAAAAAAAACUCUUUGAUGGUUAACAGGGAUGGGAGGAAGAGGGAGGGAACAUUCCCAAAGAGAUAGUACCAAAAAAAAAAAAAAAACCCAUUGCCUUCCAGUCGAUUCUGACUCAUAGUGACCCUACAGGACAGAGGAGAGCUGCCCCAUAGAGCUUCCAAGGAGCGCCUGGUGGAUUCGAACUGCUGACCUUUUGGUCAGCAGGCACAACUCUUAACCACUACGCCACCAGUUAAUAGGGGGGAAGGGAAAGGCAAUACACAAUAUGGGAGAAGUCAGCACAACGUGACCAAGGCAAGAGAGGACACUGAGAGGAACACAGGAGUAACGAACAACUAUGGUAACUACUACAGCAUAAAUAAUCCUGUAACAAUAGAAUCAGCAAACGAUAAUCUAUGGAUGGAUACACAAAUAAGCCAAGAGGUGACAGAUGGGCUAAGGGAGCACACCCACCCGCAGUGAUAGGUUCGGUGGCAGAAAUUUCAAAUACCUGACUGGAGGUGCUCCUCGUACGUUAAUAUAGACAAUAGACCACACAAGUGGCAGCGUCUGGGAAACAUUUUAGGCAUCACUAGACACCUCAAUGGAUGAAGUUCCCAGGCUCGAAGGCAAAGGACCAUAGACUUGGAGUACAUCUACAUCAACUGACACAACGUAGUUCUUAAAGACAAUGUUCUACAUGCUAUUUUGGUGAGUAGUGUCUGGGGUCUUAAAAGCUUGCGAGCAGCCAUCUAAGAUCCAACUACCAGUCUCUUCUGGUCUGGAACAAAGGAGAGUGGGAAAAAAAAAAAAAAAAACACUACAGUUUCAAGGGAGCAAUUAGUCCAGAAGACUAAUGAUGCACGUGAACCACAGCUUACAAGGAACCCAAGACCAGAAGAACUAAAUGGCGCUGGGCUACCACUACUGACUGCUCUGACUAGUAUUACAACAGAGGGUCCUGGGCAGAGCUGGAGAAAAAUGUAGAAUGAUCAAAUUCACAAACAAGACCAGACUCACUGGUCUGACAGAGACUGGAGGAACCUGUGAGACUAUGCCCCUGGAAACCCUUCUAACUCAGAAUUGAAACCACUCCCCAAAGUUCAUCUUUCGGCCAAAGACUAGGCAGGCCUAUAAAAACAAUAACACUCGUGAGGAACGUGCUUCUUGGAUCAAUCAAGUAUAUAAGAUCAAAUGGCCAACACCUGCCCAAAAACAAAGACAUGAAGGCGGGAAGGGGCGAGAAAAGUGGGUGAAUGGAUCUAGGGAACCUAGAGUGUAAAGGGAUAGGGUGCGAGCGCUGACACAAUGCAGGAUUGCAAACAAUGCUAAGAAACAAUUUGUGUAGAAAUCGUUGAACGAGAAACUAAUUUGCUCCGUAAACUUUCCACUAAAGUACAAGUAAAAAAAAAAGAGAUUAUUAAAAAAAAAAAAGCACAAGUUAAAAAAAGAGAGAGAUUAUAGGCCUUUAUUAAAAUCUAGACUUGUUACUGGAGUUUUCCAGAAGCCAGGGCAAUUAUUUCGGCAAUUUCGUAACAACUAACGAGCAUCCUUUGGGCUUUCUCAGCCUGCGUUUCCAACCGAUCUCUUAGGAAGCAUCGUGUCCAAUAAAACCACCCCAAACGGGCUUGGAGCAAAGGCCUAUGUGAGCUCCAGGAAAGUCAGCCUCAAAAUACGGUGCAAAUUACGGCCUCUCUUCCGUUUCUCAGAGUUAGAGGAACCCCGGUGAGUCAAGUAGCCUGCCUAUCGUCCCGGGCUGGGACGGCUGCCUCACCUCGCGAGUCGCGCUCAGUCGCUUCCCCGCGUCGGCCCGGGUAACCCCUCAUCCGACCCCGCCUGCACAGCGGCCUGCGCCGCCAACAGCGUACCUUCAGGUUGGCCCGGAGGCCCAGGGACUUGGCCAACUUCUGCAGGUCACUGUACUUGAAGGAGUCUAGCUCCUCCAGCGAGGGUACGGUCAUCGCGAUCUGCAGUCCGGGCGACCGCGCAGAGCUCGGUCGGCCGCUCUCAAAACGCCGUUCAAAACUCUGGCGCCACUCUAAGCGUUGACUGCGCAAAACUUUAUACAGUUUAAAUUAAGAACGCUGCACUUCCAUUGGUUAGAAAUGUCUCGUAGGCGGAGUUUCCUGACGCUAACCAAUAGAAAGGCUGAUUUCCUCCCUCUGAGGCACGUUAUCCGGUCCCGGCGCGGAAGGGCGUGUGAAGGCGUGUCCGCCCACGGUACACGGCGUCCAAUGAAGACGCUGGAAUCUCGCUUGGGGCGGGGCCUGGUGCGUUUUCGAAACGGAGGCGCCAGCUGAAGGAAAAUGGCGGCUAGGCCCCGGCGGCAUCGGUUGCUUUACGCGAAGUUGCCGCGUGGGGACUUUUGUGAUGGUGGCGCUAAGAAGGCUACUGACGAACAUUCUUUAACGUCUUCCAUGGAGUGGGACACGCAAGUGGUGAAAGGGUCCUCGCUGCUCGGCCCCGCGGGGCUGGGGGCGGAGGAGCCGGUAGCUGGCCCACGGCUGCCGUCGUGGCUGCAGCCGGAGAGAUGCGCCGUGUUCCAGUGUGCGCAGUGCCACGCCGUGCUCGCCGACUCGGUGCACCUCGCCUGGGACCUGUCGCGGUCCCUCGGCACCGUGGUCUUCUCCAGAGCCACAAACAACGUCGAUGUGGAGGCGCCCUUAUUGGUUGGCAUUGAAGGUUCACUCAAAGGCAGCAUUUACAGCCUUUUAUUCUGUAGUUCCUGUGGGAUUCCUAUUGGUUUCCAUCUGUAUUCUACCCAUGCUGCUUUGGCUGCCUUAAGAGGUCACUUUUGCCUUUCCAGUGACAAAAUGGUGUGCUAUCUUUUAAAAACAAGAGCCAUAGUAAAUGCAUCUGAGAUGGAUAUUCACAACGUGCCCCUAACAGAAAAGAUUGCAGAGCUGAAAGAGAAGAUAAUGUUAACACAUACUCGCUUAAAUUCCCUAAGGAAGAUUCUGAAGGAAGUGAUUCCUGACCAGUCCAAGCUGGAAAACUGAUGCAGAAGGAAGGCUUGAGUGUCAGCUUCAGGCUUUGCUGUGAUCUUGUAUGACAGGCGGCGUUUGAUCUUUUCUCAAGAAUGGGGGUGGGGAGUACGGGUUUUUGUUUACCUCUAGGCUGAUUUUGUGAAGCUGUUUAGAGAAGAUGAGAAACUAAAGAGCCUUCUGUUCAGACUUCAUAGCUAUUUGUCUUAACCUAUUUUAGCUGCUUAUCAACUUCAUAAUCUUUAUUUCUAAAAACAUUUUCCCCAUUUUUUUUAUUGUACUUUAGAUGAAGGUUUACAAGCAAACUAGUUUCUCAUUAAACAAUUAACACACAUACUGUUUUGUGACAUUGGUUGCCAACCCCACAACGUGUCGACACUCUCCUUCUCGACCUUGGGUUCCCCAUUACCACCUUUCUUGUCCCCUCCUGCCUUCUUUUUCUUGCGCCUGGGCUGGUGUGCCCAGUUAGUCUAGUUUUGUUUUUAUGGGGCUGUCUAAUCUUUGGCUGAAGGUUGAACCUCAGUAGUCACUUCACUACAGAGCUAUAAGGGUGUACAGGGGCCAUACUCUCAGGAUUUCUCCAGCCUCUGUCAGACCAGUAAAUCUGGUCUUUUUUUUUUCUGAGUUAGAAUUUUGUUCUACAUUUUUCUCCGGCUCUGUCCCGCACCCUCUAUUGUGGUCCCUGUCAGAGCAGUCAGUGUUGGUAGCCAGGCACCAUCUAGUUAUGCUGGACUCAAUCUGGUGGAGGCUGUGGUAGUUGUGGUCCAUUAGUCCUUUAGACUAAUCUUUCCCUUGUGUGUUUGGUUUUCCUCAUUCUCCCUUGCUCCAGAUGGAGUGAGACCAGUGGAGUAUGGGAGUUUGGAUGUGUCUAUGGAGCUUCCAUGACCUUGCCUUGGACAAGUUGUGCUAGCUUUCCUAAUAUUGUGUACUGUCUUACCCUUCACCAAACUUAGCACUUACCUAUUGUCUAUUUAGUGUUCUAAAAACAUUUUUGACUCCAAAUUUACGGGUUAGGAGGCAAUGUUCCAUUUGUGCUCUGAUCUAAAGAUGCAUGGUUGGUCUGAAAAUAUAGUCGGACUUAAUGUUGACUACUGUUAUUCCUACAUAGAGCAGUUGUAUGAAUACUGAUAAAUCAGUUUUUUUUUUUUUUUUAAUUUAAACUGUAAGUACAUACACAGUCUAUAGCUAAUAUUCAGUAACUUGACUGGAUAAUAUAUGCUUUAUCUCUUUUUAGUAAUAAAUAACUGAGUGUAACAGAAUAGUAAUGAAAGAAAUGAUAAAACAUCAAACAUUCACAAAAUGGCAGUUUCUUAUAUUUUGCUUUAUGUAGCAUUUUGGUUGAGUACCUUAUGAAAUUGUUUAAUGAAUAUAAAGUAUUAUGCUAGGUACUAGGGUUAAAAAGGUAAGCAAAAACACCUCCUGUCCUCACAGAGCUUAUAGUCUACUUAGAGAUGGACAUUCCAAUAACCAAUAAGGAUAUAUGAAAUUCUGGCUGUAAUCAGCAUCUUGAAGACAAGCACAUACAACAGUAAGUGACCUGGUCUGGGAGUCAGGGAGUGCCUGAGGAAGCGAAGCUUCGGCAGUGCUCUCAAAGAUGAGUGGGAGUCAAUAAGGUGACACAGGGAACGGCAUGGGCAAAGGCCCUCUGAGGGCCUGUGAGGCUCUUCAAAGAAGGCCUGCAGGAGCUAUAAAGGUAGCCGGAAACCGGAGGGCGCUAGGCCUUACCGGCCACCUGGAGGGUAUCUGUAUCCUAAGACUAAUGGGAAGCCCUUGUAGAAUUUUAAAGGAGUGGCAAGAUGGGGUGUACAGGACGGGAUCAGAUUUAAUAUUUAGAAUCUCAUGGCUGUCCUGUGGAGAAUGGGUGGGAGGGGUGGCAAACACACCAGUGGGGAGGGGCUGUGGCACUGGUCACAUGAGAUGAUACAGCCAAGUGCUAGUGGGUAGAGAACUUGGUUGAGAUGUAGCUUGCAGACUUUUUUUUUUUAAUAACAGAUUAUUUCCAGUUUAUAUACCAUACAGGAUAUUUUCUUUUAAAAAUAUUUUAAGUUGGAGAAAAUAGUGAUUUGCUUUAUGCUUUUGAGUUGUAAAAUUUUACCAUGCCCUUUGGUCCUGUAGGCAAUAGUGACGCAUCCUGGCUUCAAUACUACAGAAAAGCUCUUAUUUACUUUCCACUCCUAAAAAAUGGGAUCUAAUAAAUUAGUACUAUAUUGAAUGAUCCUGGGGUUUUUAUUAUGUGUGGGUAUGCCUAAUGCAACAUAUUUGCUUUCUUUAUCUAAAUUAAAAACUUACGUAGAUCCUUUUCUCAAGCUCUGGAUUUGAAGUUUUGGUUGAGCCUUUGAAUAAAAAAUUAAAUAUUUGAACCUGCCUACAUUAACUUAUAAGCUGGCUGGCUUAAAAUUUUUUUUUUUUUUCCCCAAAUGCAAAAUACAUGCUUACUCUAGAAAAAAUUCAGUCACAAGAUGUGUGACAAAGAGUGAAAAUACUUCCCCUUCCAUUUUGGGGUGGCACAAUGUCGUAGUAUGCUGGUAAGUGAGCAGGCUCUGGAGCCAAACUAUUUGGAUUCAGAUGGUGACUUAAGUACUUAUUAGCCAUGAACUUGAAGAAUUUAUUUAAACUCUAUGUUUUGGUUUCCCUCUAUGUAAAACAUGGAUAAAAACAAUAACUAGGGCUAUUGUGAGGACUGAGUUAAUAAAUGUGUCUCAAUCAGGGCAGUGCUUAGCAUAAGUGCUCAAUAAAUACUAGUUUUUUUUAUUAUAACCUUCAUGUAUAUAGAUAUACAUAUAUAAACAUAAAAUAAGGACAUAGUUUUAUUAGUAACAUUCAACAAUGUGCUUUUCACACAGUAAAUACCAUGGACAACUUUCCAUAGCAGUCCAUAUGCAAAUUACUUUGUUCUUUUCAACACUUGCCUAGUAUUCAGACAUGUAAAUGUAGUAGAAUUUAACCAUUCUUGUGUCGGACAUCUCUGUACAUUAUCUUUGCACGUUUAUACUCGUACUUCUACAGGAGCAGUUCUUCGAAGUGGGCUAGUCAAAGAACAUGCAUUUACCAGUUUUGAUAUUAUGCCUUUCAUAAAGGUUGUAAUUGAUACUCUCACAAAAUAGUUGACUCUUUUAUCUGUGGGGAAGUCCAACAAACCUCAAUCAUAGACUGGCCGAUUAUUAACAGGUUCUAAGGCUACUUUAUUACAGUUUGAUACCACUUAGCACUAGGUGUUGAAUGAAAGUAUUUUCAAAACUCCACGUGGCUGUAUGAACAAUAAACAUUAUGUAUCGAAGGUCCUACUCUCUGAGUUGUAAACUUUUGAGCUUAACAGCAGAAACCAUCUCCAUUUUUGUGACCGGAACAUCUAGUAAGUACCUGGGAUGUGGAGCACGUCAUUAAAUGUAUGUUAAAUGAAGACUCGUAAGUAUAACAUUAGCAGUCAACAUGACAAAAACUACAUAGCUUCUUUGUUCAUCUCCAGCUGACAAAAGUUAGUCUCAAGGAAGUUUCUAUCAUCUACUUUCCUAGUUCAAUUUGAAAAAACUUUCCUUUCCCAUGAACGAAAACUGAGGAUCUCUUCUUACACUUUAGUGUUAAAAGCUCCUUGUUUAACAUAAGUCAACAUUUACAUAUUAAAUAUAAAAGCACCUUAAAUGCUCAUAUCCUAUUUCAGGUGGGAAAGGUUCCUUGCCCCUUGGUUUACAAUUGUAUUAUUAUUGUACUUAGUUCAUUACUUCCUUACCAAAGAACAUUUAUUUGCUCAUAGGCCUAGCCCAAGGUUGGCCUUCCAGGUGAAACAGGAGGGUGGACUAAGUUUAAACGGCACGCUUUCUCUCUCUUCAGAUGGCUGCCUGUUCCCUUGGACAACAUAUACCAGAAAUUGCCACAGCUAGGCAUCAGUAAACCCAGCUUUUUGGUUUUUUCUUCUUUGGCGUCUGGAGCCUACCUCAGUACAGGUCUGUGGAAAGGCUCCGCCCAUCUCCGUAAUUUACUGCAUUAUUUCAAAUUAACCAUUCCAAGUAACAAAUAACACACAAUGAAAUUUUAGUGCAUUCUCAGCCCAUGCUGCUUUAUUGCUAAAAAAAGAAAAAAAUAUUAUACAGAGGUGCAGAGUUUCCAACUUGUAUUAACAGUUGCUUUUCGCAUCAAAUAAAGUGUCUUCUCUAAAAUUCCCAAAGAUGCAUAGAUUAAAAUGCAAGCUGCCUUUUGUAAUACUUCAAACAUAUUCAAUGAAGUUCUUUUAAUAUUAUACAUGUAUCAAUGGUACAAUGGAGAAGAUGCAGAACAGCAAAGAAACACAGUGAUCAGUUCCUGUACUUAAAACACAGUAAAUAAAAUAUGCUGUAUGUGAAGGUCACCCUAAAGGAGUCUUUUUUAAUUACCAGAGAUGGAUGGUCUUAAGUUAGUGCCCAGACUACUACUGUUGCUUCUUUAAGGAAUGAUUAUAAAGUAUGGCCAGAAUCCCUUUUUUAACCCUGGAGGGAAAAAUAAUUUAAUCGAUGGUAUGCCAUCGCCACCAAGGGAGGAGAGACCUUUUGAAAAUGAUCAGUAGCCUUAGUUAUCUAAUGUGACUUUAAAGGUUUAGGAACAUGGUUCCCCGAAAAAGCUGAUGUUUGGCUUUCCAGCUUUAAGGAUUUCAUCUGCCUGAGUGGAAUAAUGGAACCGGGAGUUGAGAAAAACCCUGACCUUAAUCUUUAUUGGUUUCAUUGGCGGUUUGACAUCAGUAAGUGGCAAGCAGAAUUACAUAUGGUACAUGACAUCUCACCUCCUGUAUGUGGGUGGAGACCAAACUGAAAUAAGUCUGAUUCAAUUCUGAACCACUGGGAGUUACCAUCCCAGUUAAACAUACCCAAAGAUUUCUGGAACAAAACCCCACAGCAAGAAAAAUAAGUUCAAAUUUUGGAAAAAAGUUUUUUCAGUUACAGACCAUGAGACAUGAAAGGGCUAAUAAGGCUAAUCGGGAAUUCUGUUUAGGGAUCUUGCAGAUAUGAUGGAUUUCACGUCCACAUUGUCAUGAUGACUUGUCCUUAUAGGGGUUAUUUCUUCUCAAGAAAAUUUCUGAACUACCACAAUGAAUCAGAGAUUUAUUUUCUUCACAUAAGAAAAUAAAUGGCAAGGUUUUUCUUUGUUUUUAAAAAUAAAACUUCUGCUUACCUGGGAACAAAAGCUUUAGGCACAAAAAUUGUGCAGUCUGACCAAACCAUCAAGGAUCAAUCUCUGGCUAUAAAAAAAUAAUUCUAAACAAAAGGCAGUAAACUAACUACACCAAAACCAAACCCAUUGCCACAAUUCCAACUCAGCAACCCUAUACCAUAGAUGUAUCCACUUUCUGGACUAUUCCCACAAAGUGGAAGUCUCCUCUGCCGCAAAAAAACCAAAACCAAACCCAUUCCCGUCGAGUCGACUGACUCAUAGCGACCCUACAGGACUGGUCCCAUAGAGUUUCCAAGGAGUGCCUGGUGGAUUCGAACUGCCAACCCUUGGGUCAGCAGCUGUAGCACUUAACCACUACGCCACCAGGGUUUCCUCCUUUGCUGCAGUGCCACUUUAUUGCCGCCAACAUCAGUACCGUCUAGGUUAGUCGCCUAGUUACACGGAAAUCCCCGAACAUCUGAACAUGUGCUUACUGACUCCAGUCACUUCCAAGACACUAGUUCUAAGGGGCCCAAAUUUAGGCCAUAUAAACUUUUUCAGAAAAACUUCAUACCUAUUCUAUAUACUACACUCUAGUAUUUCCUCCCCUUUCAGAAACUCUGCACCUUUCUGAUUAUUAUAGCUGUAGAAGCUAUUUAUUUAUUCAACAUGCUUAGUUUGUUUUGUUCUCAAACAUACUUGGGGACUAUUGGAACCAGGCAAGAGGUUAAGGGAGAGCACUGUUACGCCCCAUUCCUGGUAGUUUGAAUGUCUUGUGGUUGCCCCUGUUUAUCUUCUAUCUCCCAUUUUCAAUGGAAGUAAGAUAAUCCUUAAUUAGAAAAUAACAAUAAAUUUCUAUUGCUUCAUUAAUAAAUGCAUAUAUAAAAGUACUAGUAACCACAUAACACUGGACAUUUUCAGUCAUGCAUUAGUAUAGUACUGUAAAAUCAGAAUUAUGGGCCUGCCACUAUUGCUUGCACUUUCAACCAGACCCAGUUUUAAUACACAUGCAAAGUAAACCCCUUGAUUCAGAGUAAUUAUGGGAAAUAACAAGGAUACAUGCAGUUUCAACAGAAAAUGUGGCUUAAUAAAGUGAUUGCUAAGAAAUGCGGGACGGCUCUCCACAUCUAUCACAAUGUUUCUUCGAAACAGAGGUACAAAAGUCACCCACGAGGCUACAACUAGGACCACUGUGCAGGUAUAGAAGGCUUAUAUGCAAAUCCCGGUCCUUUUGGGUAGAGAAUGAUGUAAAAGCUCUGGGAAAAAGAGAACUGAAAGAUACAGUCUGUGGAGCAGUGAACUGGCCAUUUGAUCGACAGCUACUCCACAGAAGAACAUAGGUGGUAGAGGGGUGGUGGAAACACAUGCAGAAAGGUUUCUUUUCUGAGUCGCAUUAAUAAGCAGCCCCCUGGGGAAAAGGAGUUUUACUAACAGCAGAGCUAAUGCAGUGUAAACUCAAACGUCAGUGCCCUGAAAUUUAGCAUAGCCCUCUGCUUUCGGAAGCUGCUGGCCAAGGGAUUCUCCCACACGCGGUGUGACUGACAGCCAAGCACUGUUCUGAGUGAACGGGAAGAAAUGUGCCUGCACCAGCGAGCACCACUAGAGUGUAAACUCCUCGAGGCCAAGGGUCUCUUCAAAUUCUGCAUAUCACAGGUAUACGAAGAGUGAACACGAGACUACAAUAACUCUGAAAAUCAACCACAUACUUGGAGAUUACAAAAGCUUUUAGUACAUUUUAGCAUUUAGUACUAUUAACAUGGCUGUUAAAAGUAAUCUUUAAUUGUUCCAAGUAACUGAACUGUUGACACCACCGUAAUACGCUGUGGUGUCCGCAUAAUCACGCAAAUGUCUGAGUAUUGCUUGGUUAUUCCAAUGUCUCUAAGGCCAGCUGAUGGCACAGGACAUUUAAAGAGGAGCUAAAAUCAAUUUAAUAUUUCGUUUUGCCAUGAAAGAAUAUUCACGAGGCACUAUUUUCUUAGAUCUACACCACCUUUUAGUGCCCCCUCCCCCGAAAACAAGGGAAUAUAGACCCAGUCUCUUCAGAGAUUUAACCAUCUCCAAGGUGCUAAAUGGCCAAGAUGGACAUGAGGUAAAAAGGAUUAAGCCCCUUGUCCCACUGUUAUGGCCUGAUGUGUGCUGUGACUAGUUUACUGAGUUCUCCUUAUUACAGGAACCGGCAGUCACAGGCCACAGGCCUCAGCACAUUGCUGUUAGCCAAGGUUUAAAAAAUAACGCCAAAAACUCCCAACAAUCUUUAGCUAUUCCCUUCAAUCUUGUUGUUUUUCAAUUUUAAAUUCAAACUUCCCUAAUCAUAAGCAGGAAGAAAAAACAGCUAAGUUUUUUUUUUUAACCCUAAAUAUAAACUUUGCUUUUUUAAAAUGCACCCAGAAAAAC